AUGUGGAAACGAAAUACUCUGCUUGUAGUUCUAAUAGCUUUUCUUGUAAGCAAGGUGUAUCAGCUGUGGCCUCGUUCAUGUCUCUGCCACAUACCUGGGCGUCUAGAUGGGCGAGUGGCCUUGGUGACAGACGGACCCUCUUUUAUGGGCCCUGAAAUUAUUUCUGAGUUGGCUCGCCGUGGCGCGACAGUAUUGAUUGGUUGCCAAAGCCAAAACCACUUCGAUACCCUUCGCUAUAACAUAAUGCGCAAGUACGGACCAAAUGGGGAAAACGUAAAUUCGGACUUUGCUGACGAAAAUGUGUCGAAGUAUUUGACUCCAAUCAAGGAUUCCCAAUUGAAAUACAUGCCUGUAUAUCUCAACGCCCUUGAAUCGGUAUCACAGUUCGCAAAAGAUAUUAUGCAAGCGACAGAUAGGCUGGAUUUUCUAAUCAAUAACGCUGCAGUCAGCCACGGUCCUUAUCGCACCACAGUCGAUAACUUUGAGUCGACCAUGGGUGUUGGCCACUUAGCUCACUAUUAUCUUACAGAGCUCCUUCGUCCACUGCUUUUGAGAACCAGGCCAGGGGCGAAAAUCAUCAUUAUUUCAUCAGCUGAACACACAGGUGGUUCGUUCAUCAAUCGUGGGUUCUUUAUCGAACGUGAUAAAUUCAAUUCGGUUAAAGCCCUCGCACAAGUAAAGUUAGCCAAUGUUAUCCACGGAAUCAUAUUGGCGGAAAGGUUUAAAGGAACGUCUGUGAUACCUGUUAGUAUUCACCCAGGCUAUGUGGUCCCUAACUUUGGCAUGUUCAUUCCAUCUCUUUUUGGAGCCUUCUUUAAAACUCAUUGGGAAGCUGGCCAAGCUGUUCUCCAUGCGGCUCUAACACCUGACCUUCAACCUGGUGGGUAUUACGUAAACUGCAGGCUAACCGAGCCAGCGGCUGAGGCAAAAAAUGCAAAAGUAAUUCGCUUAGUCAAGACAGAGAGUGAACGUCUCAUUAAUUACCAUACUUAG